CAAUCCACGACUCAGUUGCGCAGUCUCAGUGGCAACUUUACGCAGCUCACUCGUGUGCCAGUGGUAAAUUGUAAACAUAUACAAACUUCGUAGUAUUUUGAAUCGUUCAGUGACUCAACAUGGCCAUCAGCAGAUUGUCUAUUGUCAAGUUUUUGGAGCUGGCGCUGACUUGCUCAUGCGUGGCACUCCACUACCACAGCUACAAUGCUGAAGCUGACACUGGUAUGCUGGUGACCGGCACCUUCGUCGGCUACCUCAUCAUCUUCGCUGGAGCCGCUGCCGGUUACGUCAUGCAGACACCUUCGCACAAACGAAUUGACAUAUUCUAUUCUCUGGUGGGAGUAGCCUUGUUCGUUGCCAGCGGUGCUAUCAUCAUCGACAGAUACCAGCACAGCAGUAAGAGCGACUGGAGGGACAAGAACUUGGCUAAAGCUUCCCUGGCCAUCAUCAACGGAGCCGUCUUAUUGGUAGACGCUGUUCUUACGCAGCGCGGAGGCUAAACUCCUCACUUAUAUUAGGUAUGGCCACAGUAUCAGUGCCUGGAAUCUCAAGUCUGUUGUAAUUUUUGAGACAUUUAAUACCAAAGUAAUCGAACGCACAAAAGAUUAAACCCACAAACAUUAUUAUGUUUUCUAGUGUAGCAGAACUUGAUAGUAGACUAGCAA